GUGAUUCGGAAACCAGGAAAUUGAAAGAGCCUGACUGAGAGAAGAGGGAGUGCAAAGCAAUAGACACAUCUAACAUUUAUUUAGAACCCGCUUCGCCUGGGACGCAAGAGCUGUCAUCUGCCGGAGCUCAUUAUGCAUGCAGCUGAAGCAGAGCCUGAUUGGAUGUAGUAGGACCUAAGGCGAGGGGGAGAGGGAGUGGGAAGAGAGUUCUGCUCUCCGCACUGAAAUGUAAACACUGGAAAGGGAGAGGGAGUAUAACGCCUUUAUGCUCUGAAGAGUGAGCGGCUGGCUCUGGGCUCCUAUGGCUCCAGCGACAUACCUCCUGCAGGUCUAGCUGUGCCCAGCUUGAUGAACAGAAGCAGACACUUCAGAGGAUCUCUGGCCUGUGGAUAUAAAUAGGGGACAAUUAGGAUGGUCUAGCUUUCCCCGGUGGCGCCACAGCUCCUUCGUGUUCCACGCCGCAGCUGGGACACAGCAAUGGACAUGAGCAUGAAGAAGUUCACAGUGCGUCGGUUCUUCUCAGUCUAUCUCCGCAAGAAGUCUCGGUCAAAGAGCUCAAGCCUAAGUAGAUUUGAGGAAGAAGGUAUCGUGAAGGAAAUAGAUAUCAGUCAUCAUGUGAAGGAAGGUUUUGAAAAAGCAGAUCCCUCUCAGUUUGAGCUGCUGAAAGUAUUAGGACAAGGUUCAUAUGGGAAGGUAUUUCUAGUGAGGAAGAUCAAAGGAUCUGAUGCAGGUCAGCUUUAUGCCAUGAAAGUACUUAAGAAGGCAACUCUGAAAGUUCGGGAUCGGGUACGAUCAAAAAUGGAGAGAGAUAUUUUGGCAGAAGUGAAUCAUCCUUUUAUAGUCAAGCUUCAUUAUGCAUUUCAAACAGAGGGAAAGUUGUAUCUAAUACUAGAUUUCCUGCGGGGAGGGGACCUUUUCACAAGACUCUCCAAAGAGGUGAUGUUUACAGAAGAGGAUGUCAAAUUCUACUUAGCUGAGCUGGCCUUGGCGUUAGACCACCUCCAUGGUCUUGGAAUUAUUUACAGGGAUCUAAAACCAGAAAACAUUCUUCUUGAUGAAGAGGGCCACAUUAAGAUAACAGAUUUUGGAUUGAGUAAAGAAGCCAUUGACCAUGACAAGAGAGCAUAUUCAUUCUGUGGGACGAUAGAAUAUAUGGCCCCAGAGGUGGUAAACCGACGAGGACACACACAGAGUGCUGAUUGGUGGUCUUUUGGUGUACUCAUGUUUGAGAUGCUGACGGGAUCGUUACCCUUCCAAGGAAAAGACAGAAAGGAGACAAUGGCACUCAUUCUCAAAGCCAAGCUGGGAAUGCCGCAGUUCUUGAGCACAGAAGCCCAGAGCCUGCUUCGAGCCCUCUUCAAAAGAAACCCCUCCAACAGAUUAGGUGCUGGAUUUGAUGGAGUGGAAGAAAUUAAACGUCAUCCUUUCUUUAUUACUAUAGAUUGGAAUAAACUGUACAGGAAAGAAAUCAAGCCACCUUUCAAGCCUGCUGUGGGACGGCCAGAAGACACCUUUCAUUUUGAUCCAGAGUUCACAUCUCGGACCCCCACAGAUUCCCCAGGUGUUCCUCCAAGUGCCAAUGCUCAUCAUCUUUUCAGAGGGUUCAGCUUCAUUGCCUCUAAUUUGGUGCAGGAGCCUCCACAGCAAGAUGUGCACAAAAUCACCGUCCAUCCAAUUGUGCAGCAGUUACAUGGGAACAACAUUCACUUUACAGAUGGAUACGAGAUCAAGGAGGAUAUAGGAAUUGGUUCCUAUUCUGUGUGCAAGAGAUGUGUCCAUAAAGCUACAGAAACAGAGUUUGCAGUGAAGAUAAUUGAUAAGAGCAAGAGAGACCCUUCUGAAGAAAUUGAGAUCCUCUUGAGAUACGGACAGCAUCCAAACAUCAUUACACUUAAAGAUGUCUAUGAUGAUGGGAAAUAUGUGUACCUAGUGAUGGAGCUGAUGCGAGGAGGCGAGCUCCUGGACCGCAUUCUUCGGCAGAAGUGUUUCUCGGAGCGGGAGGCCAGUGCUGUGCUGUGCACCAUCACCAGGACUGUUGACUACCUGCACUCUCAGGGUGUGGUGCACCGAGAUCUCAAGCCAAGUAAUAUCCUCUACAUGGAUGAGUCGGGAAACCCAGACUCCAUCAGGAUCUGUGACUUUGGAUUUGCCAAGCAACUGAGAGCGGAGAAUGGGCUGCUCAUGACUCCUUGCUACACAGCCAACUUUGUUGCCCCUGAGGUCCUUAAGCGCCAAGGUUAUGAUGCAGCCUGUGACAUCUGGAGCUUGGGGAUCCUACUGUAUACCAUGUUGGCAGGAUUCACUCCUUUUGCAAAUGGACCAGAUGACACCCCGGAAGAAAUUCUGGCAAGGAUUGGCAGUGGCAAAUAUGCACUUACAGGAGGAAACUGGGAUUCAGUAUCUGAUAAUGCAAAGGACAUUGUGUCAAAGAUGCUUCAUGUAGACCCUCACCAGCGCCUCACAGCAGUCCAAGUCCUAAGACAUCCGUGGAUAGUGAACAGGGAGUAUCUGUCUCAAAACCAACUUAGUAGACAAGAUGUUCACCUGGUGAAGGGUGCAAUGGCAGCCACUUACUUUGCUUUAAACCGAGCACCUCAGGCACCGAGGCUGGAACCUGUAUUGUCCUCCAGUCUGGCUCAGCGACGAGGCAUGAAAAGACUUACCUCUACCAGGUUGUAGCAGAACCCUGAAAAGGCCUCUUUGAAAACCCACAUUUUAUUAUUUGCGAUAUUCACCUUUACUUGGCUAGAAGAACUUUUUUGGACAACCUGCACAUGAAAUCGCCAGAACUAGCAGAGGCCCAGCAUAAGGCAAAGUUUUCCUUUGCUCCAUCAUUUCUUUUACAUUCCAGCCAGGGUCCCAAGUUUAACAACUUCACAAAGAUGUGCCAAUUUUGCCAGUAGCUCUGUUUCCUUACUGAGAUAAAGCCAAAUAAAGUAGGUGUUCCAUCCUUCUCACCCUAGGAAAUACUAUUUUUGAGUCCUUAAGAUGUUCCGUAGGAACACUGUUUUCAUUUUGUUUCUCAAGAAAAGCACUUUUUUCUAUGAAGGACACAGUCGGGUUUGAAUGUUUUCAGCUGUUUCAGGAUGCAUCAUGAGAAAGUGGUUUGGCGGAUCAUGCGUAGACAUCUACUGAUCUCCAUUCAUCCCAGGAAGAGUGAAGGCUGCAGAGGCACAUGAGUAAUACCUUACUUGAAACAAGUGCUAUAUAACAUGAAGGAGAGAGAGCUGUCAGUGGUAAAAAUACCUUCUGAUAGCAAAAAAUCUUUUGCAUUUUGCACCUGCCCUCUAUGGAAUGAAGUCAACACUGCUCAAGGAGCACAUGCUACCAGCUCUGAAUUAUUUGGAGGUCUACAAGAGCAGAAAAUCUCUGAGAAACUUAGUCCUCUGAGGAGAUUAUUUCGUCUUAUGAGACUGUGGGAAAGCAUUCACAUAAUAUAGUGUGAGUACAAGCCUGUGAAUCAGGGUGGGGAAAGAUGUUUAGUCUCCACCAGCAAGCAUGAGGUUUGGGAGGAUGGGGGAGCUAGGAAACUGAGCAGAGGCAGGGAACGGCAUGGGUGACUUUGAGGACAGAAGGCAAAAAGACUUAUGGCAAUGUAGUGGGGAGUACUGCCGAAGAGAACUACUGUGCACGUGCUUAGGAGGCAAAUCACGACUCCCUUUAAAAGCAAGGGACUUCAGUGGCUGGUACAGAAGGAGGGUGGGUAACUGGGUUGGUGAAAGGCUGGGUGGGUCGGUGCAGCCAUCCUCCCACGCUGUCACCAAGUCUUCUCAUGGACACUGGCUCUGGCAGGCCACAGUGACAAUCUGGAGCAAGCGAGGCCAUUUCCAGUCAUUGAUCCCUGCCCUUCCCUGGCUGCUUACUCAAAUCUGCCUCAGUCAUCCAACAUUUCAUAUCCCUGCCUGGCUAUUCUGCUCUAGCAGAGCUGAACUCUUUGUGCUGCGUGUGUGCAGAGAGUGCCCACUUCUGAGGAGUUCACCUGUUACAAGCUUUAAUAAUGAUAAAUUAUGAGGAAAAUCAGGAGGAUGCUCUGCUUUUAUAUUUAUAUAAAUAUGUACAUGUGUAUUUAUAUACAUAUAAAACAAAAGUUCUGUGCCCUAAUACCUAGAUUUUCCAGGUUCAUGGAAAGAAAACACUGUUGAAAUGGUCUCAGCAAAAUGGACCUUUUGUCUCAUUCCCUGAUUUCAAAGAAAGUGAGGAAGGUUUAUGGGUGCUGGAUGUGAAGUGUUUUUUGAUUCUUUUCCUUGGCUUACGGUGGUCACAAGCUGACUAGGAUUCUUUGUACUGCUUUUGUUCAUUUUUGUUUUCCAGGUAAAUUUUGUGACCUCAGAAGCUUUGUGGGAAAAGCUAAUGUGCUAUGUUGGCUUUUUUUUUUCUGUUGUGAUGGGGGGAAAAAAGAAAAAUGUGAACAUGGAGCUUCAUAUGCUAGAGAUGGUAAUUUUUCCUUGCUGGGUAGUAUGUGCAUCUCAGCACUGAACUGGAAUUACCAGUUAAAUUGCCUCAAAACGUCCAAAGGAACAGGAGUUGCAUUUGCUAUAGCACUAUGCUUCCCAAAACUGUCUCUGUUCCCAUGUUGACUGAACUUUGUUUGUUUGCAUUAUUCUAUUUUUAAAUUUAAAUUUAUUCUUAAUAAUUUAAACUGAUAUUUAAUGUUCAGGUUUAUGUGCUGUGCACAGAGGAAUGUUGCAAAGCAGCUCUCCUUGAAGCCUUUCUCUUUUCUAGAAUAAACAAUGCUGUGAAACUUCACGCAGUGGCUGAAUUGGCUUGGACUGGUGCAUGCAAACACAUGCACGUGUGUUUCUAUGGUUGUAUACACAGCAUCCCUCAUUCUAUUCUCUUCUCUGGCUAAACUGUGCUCAGUAUCAGCUUUUUGCUGCCUUGACACUUUUUCUCUGGUUAGAUGUUAAGACUCAUAUAUUUCUGCUAGCAGCACACUGUGAGGUGAGUCUACAGACAGGGGAUAUCCUGGCUGAUGCAGAAAUGUUCUGGCCAGGCCAUGUUUCCCUGGAACUAACUUCUAUCCUGUAACAAGGCAAGGUGGGCACAGGGAUGCUAAGGGCAACUUGGAGGGAGAGCUGGAUUUUUGGGAGUCCCAGUGUAAUUGUAUUGUAUAUGGGCAGAAAGACUGUUGUAAAUGUUAUGUACUAUUGUUCUCUCCUCUGGGAAUUUCCUGGUCAUCUUUCAUUGCUUCUGUUUGCUUUCUCUUCACAGCCAUUGGAAACAAUCUAAUUCCCUCUUGAUGUACUCAGUCUUAAUUCUGUGAGCAUUUUUCAUGUGAAUAUUAUUGUAGGCCAAGCUUACAGGAUCCUACUCUUCCCAAAGUUUAAUGGUUUAAAUAUCUUCCUGAUUUAGCUCCUUCUAACCCAUCAGCUAUCACCCUACUAACCAUACAAGGUUUGUGCCAUGUACAGAAUGAUACAUGUCAAUGCUUAUUAAUUACUCUAUAAGCCUAUUAAUUAUAUAUAAUGGGGUUUGCUUACUAAGAUUUUGUUGGCAGUGCAUCCAGAUGUAUGCACAAGUGUGUGUAUAUGUAAAUACAUACACAAAAAAACAUGCCGUCCCAGCUUGUCUAAGUGAGAAUACAAGUGUAGUCAGUGCUUGAAGUGAUACUCAGAAGAGUUGUCUGUGGAGUUCUUGAAAGUCUGUAAUUCAGAACAGUAGUGGUUACUCUGGGUGUGCAUUGGCAGCUGUGCCCAUCCAUGGCAGAAGCUGUCCUGUCCAGCCUCCCCUCUGUUGCAGCUGUGCAUCCCCAUGCACCCCCCAAGGCAGACCAGACCCCCCUCCCCAGACUAGCCGUGGGAAGUGCUUUUCUGAGGGUUAUCUGACCUGUUUCAGUCAAGAUGGCUCCAAUUAAACUCUUUCCACUGUCAGUCUUGCUGAUCCAGCUCACUUGGUUAGAAAUACAAGAGUCUCUGUCAGGAAAUUCAAGGGACAGUCAGUCCUGGCAGAGGGGGAGCAAUGCACCAUUGGCAGUCACUGUUUUGGACUGAUAGCACCCACCAUGUCCCGCAUCCCACCUGGAUACAGGUGAAGAUGUAUAGCCAUGGCCUAAUUACUGCUAUGACUGCUUCUAUAUCAGCAUCUCCUUUUCAGAGACAAAGUAUGGUUCAGUAUAUAUAUACCACAGUAUAGUUCAGCAAUAAGCAUUUAUGCUUUCUAGGAGAAAACUUAACUGAAAAAUGUUUAGUCUCUCUCUGUCUCUAUCCACAUAUUUUUACUACACAUUACAUUUAACUCCUGAAAGUCUAAAAAUCAUUUUUAAUUAGAUCGUACCAUCUUGCAGGUUAUUAGUCCACAAAGUGACCUAGUGCCUUAGGCUAUUACAGGUAGUAUAGUUACAUUUCUGAACCACCAAGGUGUGCAAAGCAAUGAUUGCUCAAAGCAUAUUAACGUGUAUCUGUCUCAGACAUAACCAGUUCGUCUGGAGAGCCACUUGAGUCUGCCUAGCAGGGAGGAGGCAUCUCCCCACAUUUUGCAAAGCUGGGGCCCAUCUCUGCAGCUUCAUGACUUUGAAGGAGACAAAUGGUUCUGAUGCAACAGGAAGAGUUGCCCGAUUCCUAUACAGUACCACAGCUGGUGUAUAUAGCAAAGAUGUGUAAGAUACUGCUCAGAGGAAGAGCUGACCCCUGGCCCCCAUUAAUUUUCACUUCUUUAACAUCCAUUUGAUUUUUUUAAGUAAAUUUUAACAAUAGAGAGAAUUAAUAAAGCCUGACUUUUUCAGCAAACCACAAGUGACCCUCACAGACACUUUGUAAUUAAUCUCUACAUCUGUAAAAAAUAACCUUCUGACAACAGAUUUCAGAUUAUCUUGAGCAGCAGUUCCAGAUCCUGGAACAGCCUAAGCAGCGAGAGCUGAAGAAAGGACAUCUUAUGUGACAUGACAUUGUGACGCACCAUUGCAUGUCAGGCUCUUAAAAGUACAGAUUGUGUGUCCCUGUGCUUCACCUGACUCUGCAUGUGAUGCUGGGACUCUUCUCUGAGGACUGAGUUUUUUGAAAGAGACAAUAAAUCUUUUGGCUUAGAUUUCUAAGCCAGAUUCUAUUAGAAAUCAGUAUGCAAAUCUUUAAGGGACAGGCUGAUUUUGCUUGUGUAGUGCAACGCUCUCUCUAAUAACUUGUACCCAGCUCUGGUAUAUCCGAGUACAUCUGGAUCUUGGUCAAGUAUGGCAAUUGCUGUAUCCCUCUGAUACGAAUUAUGCCAGGGCUUGGAUCAGCCCCUAGAACGAGUGCCACAAGGAUUUCUUAUGCCACUGGUCCACAGAGUUUAUGCCAGCAUAUGCAUGUGCUGAUGCUAAAAAAAGGCAGGCAGUAACUUUCUCUUGACCUCAGCUGCUCAUUUGUCCUUUCGCACCUCCCUUAUCCAGGUCACCACAGGGCAAAGCAAAUGUUUGUGCGUCAGAAUAAGUGGC